UGCCUCGUCAGUCGACGUUCAACUCGCAAUCGACACGCAGCGAGCAGAUUGUGCCAGUCUAAUCAACCACGACAAUCGCAAAUGAAUCGAGAAACUAGUACCUUUGGGUGAUUCGCAAACCGAUUGCUUAGUGAUGGAUGGAAAUCUAUCGAUGGUGAUUUCAAAAAAAGGGGGAGAUUGUUGAGAUAUGAUGGACUACUCGAAAGAGACGAUGUGUUGUGACGGAUCGCUCAGAACUUUGAGUCGUCAAGGCCGACUCACGAGUCGCCGUUACCGACUCUACAACUCACCAGACUUGUCGACACACAACAACAACAACAACAACCACCUCAUUGAUAUUCGCAUCAGGUACAGCAACAUCGAUGGAUUCUGCUGGCCAAUGGAACGUUCAUCUCAUGACGAUCGGUGACACUAUUAAUAAUCAAACGUCUUACUACAGCAGCUCGUCAGACGAUGGACGAACCGCUGGAUUCGCCACCCCCACGGCCAUGAAUUACAGUUUAAUGGAAACUGUGCUCAUCAGCGCCGCCCUGCUGGCCAUUAUCGUCGGCACCGUCGUCGGCAAUGUUCUCGUCUGCAUCGCCGUUUGCCUAGUCCGACGGUUACGUCGUCCUUGCAAUUACCUGCUAGUGUCGUUGGCCGUUUCGGACCUUUGCGUGGCUCUUUUGGUGAUGCCCAUGGCCUUGGUCUACGAAGUGCUGGGCACUUGGCCAUUCGGAGCGACGGCCUGCGACACUUGGGUCGCCUUUGACGUCCUCUCGUGCACGGCGUCUAUUUUGAACUUGUGUAUGAUCAGCGUCGAUCGUUAUUGGGCCAUCACUCGACCGUUGGAUUACGGCGUGAAACGGACACCGGCCCGAAUGAUCUCCUGCGUCGCCCUCGUCUGGAUCUCAUCGGCUUGCAUUUCGUUGCCUCCAUUACUCGUCCUGGGCAAUGAACACGGGCCCGUCUCCACCAACAACAGCCAUCAUCAGCCGAUUGAAGAAGAUUCAUUCAAUGCUGGCCAAGAUUUGCAAUGCCAAGUGUGCCAAGAAUUCGGCUACCAAAUCUACGCCACGUUGGGGUCGUUUUACAUCCCGUUGGCCGUCAUGGCCGCCGUCUACUACCAGAUAUUCCAGGCCGCCAAACGGAUCGUGGACGAAGAGAAAAAAGCCCAAAGUCAUUUGCUGAUGACACGGACCAACAGCUGCCCGAAAUCUGGCCAGGAAAAAUGCAAAUCGAAAGUGAUGAAUCCAGUACAGUCGUCUCUACUGGUCCAUCCGUACCCAACGAGCGUGUGUGACAAUGCUGCCCUGAUCGUUGUGCGUCGUCAUAGCGAUCAACAACUGCAAACGUCAAACAGACGGGACAAUCCUCCAGCCACAGAUCAAGCCCUAACCAACAAUGAAAUGUGGAGCAAGGACAGCAACGGUGGCCAUCCAGUCACCUGGCCAGACACAGCCAGUAAGCCACAAGAGCAGACGAACAAUACAACAAUGUCGUCGACGGUGGACAUUGCUCUGAAAUCAACGGGCACGACAAUCAACCGAACCGAAGGCCAGCGGCCACCGUCUAAACGACGUCGCAGCAAUCAGUUGACUCAUCGUCGGGGAAGUCGAGUUCGUUUACGUUUCGCCCUCAACAAAGAACGCAAGGCGUCGACGACAUUGGGGAUUAUAAUGAGCGCCUUCACGUUGUGUUGGUUCCCGUUUUUCGUGCUGGCUUUGGUCCGUCCGUUCAUGAGCCACCAAACGGCCUCUCUUGUGAUUCCGCGAUGGUUGUCUUCGCUUUUCUUGUGGCUCGGCUACGCCAACAGUUUUCUCAAUCCAGUCAUUUACGCGACGACCAACAAAGACUUCCGGCUGCCCUUCCGCGAGAUCCUCUGUCUGCGAUGCAAGUCACUCAACAGCGUCAUGAGGGAAGAGUUCUAUCAGUCGCAGUACGGCAACAACCAACAACCGAUGGACACGACGGCCAACAAUAACAAAUCGGGAUUGAUGGCUGGCCAUCAGGCAUCGUCUCCGUCAUCUUCGUCGUCGACUUCGCAUCCGAAAGUGUCAGGAAAUCGUCGCCGACGUCGUCGAUGCUCCACCGAAUCGGUUGGCAUGGAACAGAAUAAUCGGAAAAUAGGCAAUGCCGCAACGGAAGAGGAUGACGCAACAGAUUACGGACUGAUGACCGCUGGCCAUCGGGAAAGUUCGUCAUCGGCAACCGCCUUCCUCUGAAUGAACCAGCCAUUUUUUCCAGUCAACUCGAUUUUUAUUUUCGUCAUUCCUUUGCGUUUGUCGUGUGGUGUGAACUGUUUCUGCACGUAACGUGCGAUUGAUGACCACUUCUUGAUUGGCUUUUCAUUUUGUUGAUUGAAGAAAACAAACAAAUUCUAUUUCGUGAUUAUGUCACGCUAGACUGAUACGAUAUUCAUACCGUGCUAAUAUUAAACACUAUCACAGAAACGUGAGGUUCGAUGUAAAUUGUAUUCUGUAAUUUUGUUUCACGCCUUUCUGUCUCAUUGUGGAACCUGUAAACAUUUAUUCGUGACAGAUUGGUUUAUUUCAUCGCAACAUAUCUAUUUCUUGAAUGUCAUUAAAUUUAAAUAUAUAUAUAUAUAGAGAGAGAGCGUUGUAUUUGAAACAGUUCUAGUCGGCCAUAUUUCUCGAUUGAAUACAAAUCUUGUCGAAAGAAA